AUGGUCAAUGUGGUCUCCUGUCUACCCUACCUCUCCUGGUCACAACAUCCCAAGGAAUAUCCUCUUCCUUCUCACAUUCAGUCUUCCGUUGUAUCUACACCAUGUGGCAACUUGGAGCUUCUGUGUUGUCAACCCAGGCACCCUAAUCCGAACACACCGCCAUUGAUCUUUGUACAUGGCGGCUUCGGUUUCGCAGCCGUCUGGCUUGAUUGGAUGACGUAUUUCUAUGAACGAGGUUACGCUGGGACCAUGUACGCCUACAGUUCGCGAGGCCACGGCGCAAGCUAUGCAGUCCCAUACCUUCAGAUGGCCUGGGGGACGUCUCUCGAUGAUUUCGCCAGCGACUUGGCGACUGUCGUCAAGACCAUCACAACUCACUUCGAAGACGAAAAGAAACCGAUCCUGAUAGCUCAUUCCGCCGGCGGAGCACUCGUGCAGUACGCUCUCGCAAAUGGCAUGAUCGCAGCCACUGCGCUCUGCUUGGUAGGCUCGGUUCCACACUUCGGUGGACUCGACGCAUAUUGGAACUGGACGAAGAUGGAUCCCUGGAUGCACCCUCGUUCGUUGAUCCUCGGCUUUCAUCCGAUGACUGGACUUGCCCAUCCAAAGCUCGUCCGUCAGAUAUUCUUUUCGGAAAGAUUUCCUAUGGACAAGGUAGAAGAAUUCAUGCACUGGAUGGCACCUUACGAGAGUCUAGGGUGGGCUGGCGGCCAAAAUGGCUCAUUUUGGAAGUGGUUGGUGGGGAAGAAUGAAUGGCUGGAGCCCGUGCGCAUCCUGAAAGCGGUAAACGGGUGGGAACGACGGGGCGAUCGAGUCUGUGUCAUAGUCGGUAGUCAAGACCGAAUGAUGGAUUUAGCCAUGGCACGAAGACAAGUGAGCGAAUUUCGAGCAGCGGUCAGGGCAAUGGAGUUGGAGUCUUCGGCAAGUCAAAGCAGAUGUCGAGCCAACGAGGACGAAAAGAAGAGUACCCAUGACGAAGACACAGCAGAAGUCGAGGUUGAGACCUUGGAGAGAGUCAGGCUCGUUGUGGUACAAGGCGCCGGUCAUCACACUCAGAAUGAUGUACAACGGCAGGCUGCAGCGGAAGCAAUCUGGCAAUGGCUGGAGCAGUUGUGA